AUGGAAAUCACCUGGAGGAUUUCUUUUUCUGGUCGAACUCCUGGCAAGCUAAUUCUCGGCGACGCGCUCGGGGAAGUGACCAUCAAACCUGAUUUCAAUCAGACAAAAUAUGAAACACAAAAUAGCCAUAGCUGGUCUGAGUUGAUAAGUCAUAGAUUUUAUGCAGAUGCACACCCGAGACGUCGAGCUGUUAUCGCAUACGCCCCUUCAGCCUUGUCGUUUACCACCCACAUACUGGAUAUCCAUUAUUGGUAUACCCGUACUUCGACGAGGUUUAUCAGCAUCGCAGGCACCAUGCACAUCUCAACAAGCAAACUCGCCCUCUGCUUGAUUUCAAUAUACAGUGCUCUUAACGCUCACGAACGAACCUGGAUCGGAUGGGUUUCAAUGAUCCCUACAUUUUUGCUCAUCUUGGUCAUGAUUUCACCUUAUAUCAAUAUGAUAAAGGUGGUUCUAAGGCUGAAGUGGCAGUGGAAACGUUCAAACUGGCGUACGCAGGCACCUAUGAGAAGAGUUCCAGCUACGCACCAGGAGAGGGCCAGUGAGAGACUUGACAGGAGAACCAAUCACAUCGUGAUGACAGGGUUGUUACUCGCCUUGCUUGCCUAUUUCUGGGUUUAUCCCGAUGGUCAAGUGAUCAUACCGCCCAACAUCCCGAGCUCCUCUCAGGAUACUUCUUUAUCGCAAUGGAGCAAGACUAGCAAAGCUCUGAGGAAGGCUAUGAUUUCUGUAGGGACCAUCUAUCAAAUCUUGCUGAAUCAUCGUGGGCAUACAUUCGCUGGGCGACAUAGAUCUGCAACGAUCAUCAACUUCAUCUACGAAAUUAUUGGCCUUUCGGUUUUCGUACCUAAGGUCGUUGGUCGAUUCGAUCUGAGGCCGGGCCUUUUCAUGACAGGCAUCUUGAGUGUGGCACUUUCGUUUACACUCGCAUGGCAAGCAAUCUGGAUGCGAGGAGUGCCGCACCAGGGAGGAGGUGUAGAUGACGACGAGGAUUAG